AUGGCGGAAGGAAAUGGCACCUCGGUUCCCAACAGAGGAACUCUGGAGGUGGAGGAUGACGAGCAUCUGUACUCGGAUGAUUCGGGCUCUUUCGUUAAUAGCUCCGGCGUCAGCGAAACAACAUCUGUCUCCUCCAGCGUUCGCAAUUACCAGUACGAAAACGGUCGCCGAUAUCACGCAUUCCGAGAGGGCGCAUACAACAUGCACCACCAUAUCCAUCGGUUGAAGCUCGACGGACAGCUAUUCCGCUCUCCCAUCCCUAGCGAUGUCUCCCGAAUCCUCGAUCUGGGAACAGGCACCGGUAUCUGGGCAAUGGAAGUGGCCGAUGAAUACCCCAAGGCGAAAGUUAUAGGAAAUGACCUGAGCCCCAUUCAGCCUACAUGGGUCCCCCCGAAUCUCACCUUUGAGGUGGAUGAUUUCGAGGCUGAAUGGGAAUACUCCAAGCCAUUCGACUUCAUCCACGCCCGUGACCUGCAAGGCUCCGUGUCCGAUUACGAGCGACUCGUCGAGCGCGCAUUCAAGAACCUGGCGCCCGCCGGAUGGUUUGAAUUCGCGGAUGCCGACUUGAUCGUUUGCUGCGACGAUGGUACCAUCAAGGAGGCAAAGAAUCUGCUCGAGGCGAAUCGACUGAUAUGCGACGCAAGCGCAAGGUUCGGCAAGACGAUGGGAACAGCCAACCAGCACAAGCAGCGCCUUGAAGAUGCAGGAUUUAUCAAUGUCCGCGAGGAGAUUUACAAGAUUCCUCUAUCGCCGUGGGCAAAGGACCCGAAGCUGAAGGAACUAGGCAAAUUCCACCAGGUCAAUAUGAUAGAGAGUCUGGAUGCGUACUGUUUCGCUCUGAUGACGCGGGUUCUCGGAUGGCAUAUCAUCGAGGUGCAGGCCCUCCUUGCAGGCGCCAGAGCGGAAUUGCUGAAUCGUAACAUCCACAUGUAUGCUCAGUGGUAUCAUGUCUACGGCCAGAAGCCACAGGAUUAG